AUGUUGCCUGGGAGUCUUCCGUCGACCCAGUUGUCAGGAUUGUUUGCAUCCCAGACCGAAAGUCAGUCUGCCUUCGCAUCGUCAGAUUCUACUGGUCAUGCCAACCAAGAAAUCAACCACGUGUUUAAGUCAUUAUGUCUACCGACGAAUUGGUUGAACCAGCCCACGGUCGUAAACAGCCCUGAAGAUCGCUCACGGACUAAUCUUAUUAUUAAUUACCUGCCACAAAGCUAUGAUCAGAGCGAUCUGCAGCGUCUGUUCGAGAGGCUUGGACCAAUUCGCCAGUGCAAGUUAAUUCGCGAUAAGAAUACAGGAGCUAGCCUCUGCUAUGGUUUUGUUGACUACAUUUGUUCUCAGCAUGCCGCGUUAGCUAUUCAAACUUACCACGGUUAUGAGACCGAGGGUAAACGCCUUCGCGUGGCAUAUGCGAGUUCAGGCGGCAGGAGAUUUUUGCCUGGCCAGCGUACACCCGUCGAUUUGAGUGGAUUACCAAGUGAUGUAUCUGACAAUAUUAUAGGUUGGGAAUUAAUUGUUUCGUGUUUGCCACCGGAUAUUGCUGAAAGCGAAAUUAUGCGCCUUUUCAGCCAUUUUGGAAGUAUACUUUCGGUCAGAUUCAUCAGUCAGUCGGAGUUCCAGAAGUCUGCACAGCCCUCUGGCAGUGCAUUGUCCGAUAUUAGUUGUAAUGUCCAAGACGCCAUCUUCAGUAGUCGUGCGCAAACGAAGGGCACGACAGUGUCUAUUUUAUUUGAAGACAGAUUGAGCUGUGAAUCCGCCGUUUCGAGACUUCACGGCCUUCAACUACCAGAUAGCACCGGGCCGUUAACUUUACGCAUACUUGGGCCAGUCAGCAGGGAAACUUGUGCCAUGUUUUUGCUUAAUUCUCGGCAAAAUUCAGAAGUUGGUGGUCUUUCGAGUGUUUCUCGUUCAGUUUCGAGUUUACAGAACGCUCUUCCCGAAAAGAUAUCAUCCCUCGGUCUUAACGUCGGAUCGCAAAAAAUGCAGCCUCUUCGUAUCCUUGAAAGCGGUGAGACAAAUGAGAAUAUGCCGUUGGUGUCCAGCAACUCCCUUCUUCAGCCACGUCCAAUAAUACGUACUAAAGCCAUUGGGUUCCCGAAUUUGAAUGACAGUGUGGACUACACUGACAUAUUCGACGCACCCACUGCCAGUGGCCCGACGCGUGGGACAUUUGAUCGUUUUACGCAACAGGAAAAUUUUUUCGACAAACCCUCGGUUACCAUUGGUAACAAAACGGACAAUCCUUGCUGGCCUGCAUCUGCUAUUUCGCUUCCUGAUACAUUCCGUUCAUUACGUCAACCAGAGCCUUCAUCGUUGCGAAAAGUUGCGAUCAAUACACCGCUCAUCGCCAGUCCACAAAUGUCCUAUGCGUUAGUUCAAAGUGGUGGUCGUGGAGUUGUGGAAUUGAAGUUGGAGAAUCUGCAGCCUACAGGAUCUGUCGUCCUACGUGGAAUGGAGUUGGUGUGCAGAAAGCUUGCUGCGCACGGUGUUCAGCAUAUCGUUUGCCCCAGCACAGCUAAUGCUGGCGUAGCGGCCGCCUUUGCAGCGCAGAGCUACAACAUGGCCUGCACAGUCGUAACAACCGACACAAAAGACAAUAACAUUAAGAAGCGACUAACCAUUGAGGCUCCUUUGGCGAAAUUGGUCUUUUCCGGGCUCUCUUUCGCAGAGGCUGCACAUCGAGCCGAGCAGAUGGUAUCCGAUGCGAACCAGCAUUUUCACCAGAUUAACAACACAGUCGAAUCCCCGGUGCGGCUUAUCCAUCCUUACGACACACCGGAAAUUGCUUGCGGGUAUGAAAGCAUCGUGGAGGAAUUCCAAACCCAACCUGACGUUAUAAUUCUUCCAGUCGGUUGUGGCUCUCUACUCUCGGGUGUUAUACAGGGCCUCUGGAACCGUGGUUGGUCUGGAACGCAUUUGAUUACCGUGGAAUCGGUUGGUGCCGAUUGCUUGGCCCGAUCGGUGGCUGCCGGCCACCCUGUGGUGAUUCCAAAGUGCACUAGCGUCGUUUCCAACCUCCCCUUGCCCUCGUUAUCAUCUAGAGUCUGGAGCUUGAUACAGUGCUAUGCAGUGACUCCUCUGACCUGCACGGACGAAGAGGCCCUGCAAGCUACACGCCGUUUCUUGGAUGACCAUGGGUUUCUGGUUGAGCCCGCGUGCGGAGUGGCAUUGUCUGCUGUGUAUUCUGGUGCAGUCGCUAGACUACAGCAAGAGGGCGUCAUACCUCGCCCCGCUACCAUAUGCAUUAUUGUCACCGGCGGACGUAACAUCAGCCUUCAGGCGUUGAACGAGUUGGAAAAAGUCGUCUGUGUGAAUUCCGCCUCCAACACCACCAGGUUAUCGGCGUAUGGUCCGCGACCGCCGCACCACAUGUUUGUGCCCGACUCCCUUCUGGCCGACUUGGAACAGGAGGACACCGCGGAGAUGCCCACGUCAAGCCCUGAGUCCGGCGCUUCACCCAGCAGCAACCUGGACGUCGUCAGGGCGGACAACGCGGACACACGCUCUUCCGAUUCUUCGAUGCGCGGCUAA